AUGACUAUCGUUGAGAACAAGACCUCAAAUUAUACCAAUUACGUUCCAAUAGCUCUACCAAUUCUAUAUCUUGGUAUUGCGAGUCCGAAGCGUUUGAGGGAGGUGUACAAAGCCGCCAUGACUCUUGGGUUAAUUUUCCAAGCCAGAGACGAUUUUCUCGAUGUUUAUGGUGACCCUCGAAUCACGGGGAAGAUUGGGACGGAUAUUCAGGAAAAUAAAUGCAGCUGGCUCCCUGUAACUCCGCUGGAGUAUUCCAAUGAUGAACAAAAGAAAUUACUGGAAACUUGCUAUGGGACGGAGAAGAAUUCUGAUAUUGUGAAGGUGAAGGUGAAGGCUUUAUUCGAUCAUUUGGAUUUGGCUGAGAAAUCUCGUCGUUGGGAUGAGAGGGUGAUGGGCGAGGCUCGUGCUUUGUUUCAGGGUUCGUCUGAUGCGGGCUUGAAGGAGGUUUUCACUUUGUUUCUAUCGAAGUACCUCCAAGACCCACGAAGAGGUGUUCCUCGCCCUGCUAAGUUAUAG